AUGGAUUUAACCCAUUCAUGUAUAAGUGUCAAAUUAUGUGAGCUAUGUUUUCGUAGUCGAAUAAGUUAUUUUGGAAUGUAAAUCCAUUAAAUCAUUCUUAUGUUUAAAUUCUGGUUACUCGUGCUCGUCAUUGAAAUCACCAAUGCAAUAUUUAUCGGAGAGUCUAAUGUGUACGAUAUAAAAUGGUCCGAAAAUUUAAGGCAUCCAAUUAAAGAUGAACUUGAAAAAUUCAACAUAACAUCCUCUAUGGGAGAGAAAUACACGUGCGCCAUAGCGAAGAAUGAUGAAAUCACCCAGAAAGAAGCUCCUUACAAAGGUCCUCUUGCUGUAGAAUUUAUUGAGCACCUUUUCAACAAGGGAAUCUGCUCCUAUAGAUUAGACCCUUAUUGGACUUAUGAACUCUGCCAUGGAAAACACAUUCGACAAUAUCAUGAAAUAUUAGAUGACUCUAUGUUGAUGCUACAACAGUAUACGUUAGGCAGGAUGGGUACAAAAGAACGAGAGAUGGUGAUCAGAAGAAAGAAAGAAGAGGAAAGGAGAAAAAUGCAAAAUUCAACUCAUACAAUUAAAACAAAGAGAGUGGACAACCGCGAUCUACCUUUCGUUGAAAUUGCAAUGACUGAAGGGUCUGUUUGCGAACACAACAAAAGAAAAUUGAGAAGGUCAAACGUUUAUUACAUUUGCGAUAUGAAAGGAAACCAUGACAUCCACACAGUGAAAGAAGUCACAUCUUGCGUUUACGAAAUAAUAAUAUCAACCCCGCUCUUAUGCGCUCAUCCCAAAUACAGACCGAAAAGAAUCGCAGGAACCACUAUAACUUGUUAUGCGAAAGAAAAAUCGCCAAAAGUACCGUACAAUCUCGCAAAGAUUUACUGGGAAAGAAAAAGGAUCAUUGAAAAUGCAGCCAGAGGGGAAGGGAGAAUGGAAUUUAUAACUUAUGACAAAAAUUCGAACGUCGAUAAUUUAGAAGUUGGUGAUUUCUUGUCGGGUAAAAAUUGUAUCAGUGGUGGAACAGGAAACUGGAGAUUCGAAUUUUGCUACGGAAGGUACAUAAACCAAUACACGUACGGCAUCUUAGGAAUAAGAACCACCAUAUGUCUAGGCAAAUUCAACCUGAACAAACAUCUGGAAUGGAUAAGGAGUCGUCCAUACAAACGGCCAAAACCUUUAGGCUAUAGAACGUAUAUAACCCAAUUUUAUACAGACGGUUCUGUAAGUAACAUCACCGGAAGACCUAGACAAACCGAAGUAAAGCUAAAGUGUAUAGAGAACACUACCCAUAAGGAUGCCCUGGUGAUGUACUUGCACGAAAUAAACUUUGGGAAGUACCUGCUCGGUAUCGAGUCUCCCAUUUUAUGUCAAGUAGUUCCUAAAGCCGACGAAGAUGGGCUAGUUUUUUAUAAGUCAUGAAUCUUCUCUAGAGUUGUUUUUUGGUUUAUCCAAUAGACAUCAGUGUUUUUUUUUCAAUAAAACGUAAACUACAUAA